AUGGCACAACGAAUCGAAAACUUGGCAAACCACAUUAGUGCCGCAGCCACCAGAACAGGAGCCCUCCUCGCAUCUCACGGUAGCACGGCCGCAGGGCAACUCAGAAACGUCGCCGCCGAGCACCCCGUCGCUGCCACGGUAGUUGGCGCUGGAGCCGCUGUUGUGGCCGCCCCGGUCCUCCUGUCUGCUCCAGCCUUGGCCGUGGCUGGAUACGGUUCUUCCGGGGUGGUAGCAGGAUCACUCGCCGCGACUAUCCAAAGCUCUGUUGGGUCCGUUGCUGCUGGCAGCGCCUUUGCCACUCUUCAGAGCGCCGGUGCCGCUGGCGCAGGCCUGGCGACUGUGAAUGGCAUUGCCCAGGGUGUUGGCGCUGGCACGGCUGCUGUAGCCUGGCUGAUGGGAUACCUCGGCCAUGACAACAAUAACAAUGGCAAUGAGAAGGAAGCUGGUGGCGUUGAGACAGCGAGCAUUGAGGAAGGCGAAGACCAAACGGAGGCCCAAGAUCUUCAUCAUCCUUCUUCUGACUCCUGA